UUACGGCGAUCUGAUAAUUGUAGCAUAUUCAAUUUAUCACGUUUGUCACCAAAAAAGGAAUGGUCUAUUUUUAAAAACACAAUUGUUGCCUAUAUUUUUGGUGACAAAAGCAUUAAAUUAAAAAUGUUAUAAUUAUCAGCAAUUUCUGCUCUUAUGUAAAAAAUGGAAGGAAAAGAAUGAUGACUGUAGUUGUUCUCUCUACCCCAUCAGGAACUAUGAUUCCUCUGUUCUUUUCACUCCUGCUUGUUAUUCAACACCCAUUGAUCAUGGCACAACCCAAACACCUAUACACUCUGUGUUCAACAAAUACCACAAAUUACACUAUGGGUAGCCAGUUAGACAGCAACCUCAGACGCCUCCUCAUCCAGUCUCUUUACAACAAUGGUGGUGACUCCGUCUUCAACAAUACACAAGGGGACGAUCCUGACAACGUUUAUGGUCUAUUCCUCUGCAGAGGUGAUGUUCCAGCCUGCGUCUGCCAGAAUUGCAUCGACAUGGCCAGCAAUGAGAUUGUUAAAGAUUGUCCCUUCAAGAAAGCGGCAAUUAUAUGGUACGAUGAGUGUUUGAUUCGCUGUUCUUACAGAUCUUUCUUCUCUAAAGUAGAUUCACAAGUACGGGUUUGCUUGGUGAAUACAGGAAAUAUAACUGAGUUUGAGCCUGAUAAAUUCAAUGAGAUUUUGGGAAAAACUUUCUCUAAUCUGAGUUUUGUGGCAACUUCCAAUCCUUCGAAUCGCGUGUAUGCAACAAGCAAAGCUAAUGUCACAAGUUCUAUGUGGUUGUAUAGCAUGGUGCAGUGUACCCCUGAUUUGUCACCAUUUGAUUGCUGCGAUUGCCUCUCUGAUGCUAUCUCGUACCUUUCUUCGUUAUCGAAGGGAAAGAUGGUAGGGAGAGUUCUUGUACCAAGCUGUAACAUAAGGUAUGAUAUUAAGGAUAUCUCUGUAACUAAUGUAAAGAUUGUGUAUAUCUAAACUAGGUGAUUGUGUAUGUCUAAACUAGGAAGGUCUUCUCUAUCACAGAAAUUUAGGCUUAGAAGUAGGCUUGAUUUGCUCAUUUUAUUUAGUAUAUAAAGAUGUAUUGUA